AUGUCACGACAAGAUUGGUUCAAUGGUCCAGUAUGCGGGACUGAUAAUUGUCGAUCACGACUUUAUCGAAAUCAGGAUGGGUUGACAAUAUGUCAAUUUGGACAUGUGUUGGAAGGGGCGGUGGAGUACAAUGAUGAUCCAGACGCAGGUGGGAUAGUUCAAACUAGAAGAUUGAAUACAAUUUCCUUUGAUGAAAGAGGGCAUUUGUCAAGUGCCGUGGUUUCCAAUUCACAAACCAUCAAAACAAAACUGAAUCGAUUAUAUGGUGAAGAUGCCAUGGCCUUGUAUUAUAGAUGUUUGCAAAUUUUAUUGAAAAAGGAAUUGAAAAUUUUUAUUGACUUAUUUUUCAGUGAAGGUAUAAGACAUGAUUUGACGUUGAUUGUGAAAAAUAAUUGGGUGAAAUUAUUAUCGACUGAUGAACUACAAGAAAACCAUCCGAAACGACAAGUCAUAGACACGCUAGAUUUGAUUUGCAUGAUUUAUAUUUCGGCCCUUCAGCUACAAGCAUACCCCAUCUACAUUCCAGAUUUGAUAGAUAAUAUAAAGUUAAACACAAUUCCAUAUAUAAGAACACUCCAUUUAAUUCCUAAGCACAUGCUAGAUCAAUUGCCUACUGUGUAUCAUAAUAGAUUGCAACCUUAUUCUUUACCAGAGAACAGUCAGAUCUAUAAACGUUUACAAACAACUGGGUGGAGAACUGUUGGAGCAACUUUAAGAAUACCGACAAGCUUUUAUUUCCCGUUUAUAUUCCGAAUAUUAUCUGAACAUUUCUUAUUGGUUAACGCAGUUGAUUUAUUUGUGUCUGCAUUUAACGUACUAAAAUCUACCCCGUCCUUUGAAAUUAAUUUUCGAAUCAAAAAGUUUAUUCAAAAGUUUCCAGAGAUUUAUAUUUCUUCUGUAUUGAUAAUACUAAUCAGGGAAAAUUUUCGUAGUAACGACAAUUUAAAGCCAUGGUUAUAUGAAUUGAACAAAUAUGAAUUAAACAACGAGUACAAUUCGGGCGGUACGUCAUUACUAAAUUGGUCGGACGAUAAGGUGGAUAAAUACUGUGACUGGAUAUAUGAUAACCUUAUACCAAAGAAAGCUAAGUUGAACGAUGACAAUACAGAAGCUUUGAAUACUAUGGAAAAGAGGUUGUUCCAGAUCUUUAGCCUAGACAAUGAUAUAGAGAACACAGCACCCGAAACAAAUGAAACUCCAAUGUACUUAGCCUUAAGAAGUAUAAUGAAUGGCUCUGAAUUGAAGGAAAGUGGUGGUUUACAAGAAUUGGAUACGAAACUUGAUGCAAAGUUAUCAAAUAUAUUGGGUCUUUAA